AUGCUUCAUAGACCUGGCCAAGAUGGCAACCAGGAACUCGAGCAAACGCUUAAUCAGUUGCUAGUCGACAUGGAUGGCAUGGAUACUACUGAAGGUGUUGUCGUAUUUGCUGCAACUAAUCGGGCUGACUUACUUGACAAAGCGCUUUUUCGUCCUGGCCGCCUCGAUCGUCAUAUCACCAUUGAUCCGCCUAAUCUGACGGAAAGGAAGGAAAUAUUUAAUCUUUAUCUUGGUACCUCUUCCUUUAUUUAA